CACUAAUCUGCAGAACAUAAACAGACGUCAGCCUUGCGUGCGUAUGUUCUAUAGAUCAUACCGGACGCGGGCCUAAUUUGACAGCACGAGCCAGCCGUUCCAAGAGGGUUUAAGGAUUGAGUGGCGCAUUAAAAAUAGAGGUCUCUCCUCCAGGAUAUGAUAACUGUAGCCACACUGAAAUGAGUAUCAGAGAUAAAGAGCUUAAGAUACAUUUUACACCCGGGCACGUUGAGCUUGUUCAGAAUGAAGUCUACACUCCAUACCGGCGUGUGCUUGUGACUGGAGCCACAGGGCUACUGGGCCGUGCUGUUUACAAAGAGUUCAAGAACAAUGACUGGGAUGCUUUGGGGUCUGGCUACAACCGUGCCCGGCCUUGUUUCCUGAAGUGUAAUCUCCUGGAUGAAGACGCAGUGCGAGGGGUCAUUCAGGGGUUUCAGCCUCAUGUCAUUGUGCACUGUGCUGCUGAGAGGAGGCCAGAUGUGGUGGAGCGUCAUACUGAAGCAGCCAUAAACCUGAAUGUGCAUGCAUGUGCUUCUCUGGCCAAAGAAGCAGGUGGCAUCUUCCUAAUCUACAUCAGCACAGAUUACGUUUUUGAUGGACGUAAUCCUCCCUAUGGAGAAAACGAUGCUCCCAAUCCUUUGAAUUUAUAUGGGAAGUCCAAGCUAGAGGGUGAAAGGGAGAUUCUCAGACACUGCCCAGCAGGCGCAGCUGUACUACGAGUGCCCAUUCUGUUUGGAGAGGUGGAGAAGGUUGAAGAGAGCGCAGUGACCGUGUUGUGGGACCGUGUUCAGGAGGGCGCUGAGAGCUGCACCAUAGACCACUGUCAGCAGCGCUUCCCCACUUACACUAAUGAUGUGGCACAUGUCUGUCGGAACAUGGCUGAGAGAGCCCUUCAGGACCCGUCACUGCGUGGAAUCUUCCAUUACUCUGCCAAAGAGCAGAUGACCAAAUAUGAGAUGGCCUGUGCAAUAGCAGACGCUUUCAACCUGCCCAGCAGUCAUCUAAUACCAAUGACAGAGCAGCCUGCUGGUGCAGGGGCCCAAAGGCCACAAAACGCCCAGUUAGAGUGCUCACGUUUGGAGCUCCUCGGCCUGAGUGUGGAGCCCACCCCUUUCAAGACUGCCAUAAGGGACAGCCUCUGGCCCUUCCAGCAUGACAAACGAUGGAGGCAGACUGUCUUUCACUAAGGCAACAACUAUGUCCCAAGCUCCAGAAGAAAACAGGGCCACACUCUUUAAAUGUUUAGCAUUUCACUAUUUCACUGAAGCACCAAUCCUAUUUCACAGUCCUGAAUUAAAACAGGUCCACGCUUUUUACAAGUCCAGCAGCUUUGUUUGAUGUUCAAGUAUACAUUUAUUUCAGCCAACAGGUAUUUCACCUUUAUGUGUUUCUGUGCGAUUUGCACUGCGGGUUAAUAAGUCUGGCCUUGACUGUACUUGAUGUUUCUUUCCUAAAAUGUAUUACUUUAUGUAAAUGGCAAGUUGAAGACAUGAAUGUUUGAUAAAGGAACAGAUGAGAUCCUCAGUUUCUGCCGUUCCCUCUUUUUUCCUUUAAAAAAUACAAAUCAGACAUUUACUUGAGGACAAAAGAAUGCAAUAUGAAUGAAGUACCGGGAAGCUUGAGAAAAUCAAGCCUUUCUCUCUUGAUCAUUAAAGUUGAUUUUCUUUUUUUAAUUUACGUUUUUAUUACUCUUUUUUUUUUUUUUUAAUAAUGGCAUAAACUUGAUACUUUAUGUAACAGGAGUGUCAUUUAAGGAUAGAUAAUGCUACAAACACUUUGAGAUAACCGCAGCAA